CCUCUCUCUCUCUCUCUCUCUCUCUCUCUCUUCUCCGCUCUCCCAUCACCCAUCCGCUGCUAAAUCCAAAGGUCAUUGAAGAAAACCACUUCCGGUUUGGCAUUCCUUUGCCCGUCGUUUUGUUUGUUUGCUCUCAGAGAGCCCAGAGCACUGUUGCAUCUGUCUCUUCUCCACCCCUCGGCCUCUUCCGAUAUCGAUCCCGAAGCAAAGGUGGCUUCUUUAUGGUGGUGUUGGCCUCGACCGAAUCCGAAGCUGUGAGAUAUGUACUUCGGAAGCCCAUACGGCCUUCCUUUCCCAUCCCUCUCUCUCCCGUCCAUGGGUGAAAGCGUCUGUUUGGUUCGUGUGAACGGCAUCUCUCCGGCAUUACUUUGACCGGCUGGGAGCUUUCGUUAGAUUCGGAGGAUCGAGGGAAAGGUGGGGUAUUUUGGUGAGAGGAACCAUAAAUUUCGAAUCUUGGUGUUGCUUUCGUCUUCGAUUGAGGUUCUUAUUCUGUUCUAUUGCUGUGUCUCCUCUCAUGGAGAGUGAGGCAUCAUGGGAAUCACUGUAUGCUAUCCACUUAGGAAGAAAGGUUCUUGAGAAUAGACCUGUUUCUGAGGGUAAUGAAGGAGUUGAAGAAUUUACUGUUUCCUUGGAUAGCAUUCUUCCUUAUGACAUUUUAGAGAGAAUCUUCUCAUUUCUUCCCAUGGCCAGCACCAUUAGGGCUACAUCUGUGUGUAAAAGGUGGUAUCAUAUCAUCCAUUCCAAGAGGUUUAUACGGGCCAACAAGUUACCACAGAUGCCAUGGUACUUCAUGUUUACCUGUAAUGAGGCAGCAGCAGGUUAUGCUUAUGACCCAGUUCUUCGGAAAUGGUAUAACAUCGAUCUCCCUUGUAUUGAGAAAAGUAAUUGGUUUGUUUCUUCUUCCCAUGGAUUAGUUUGCUUCAUGGACAAUGAUAGCCGGAGCCGUAUUUUUGUUUGCAACCCAAUUACAAAAGACUGCAAGAGGCUUCUGGAACCUCCGGGUGCUAAGUUCCCUGAUUAUAGUUCCCUUGCCAUGUCUGUUGACAGAAAUUCUCACCAUUAUACUAUAGUUGUGGUGAAAUCUAAACAGGUGCCUGGUGAUUUUUCAGUGUGGGACUUCUCUAUUCACAUAUACAGGUCAGAGAGCAAAUCAUGGGUCUCUUCCAUCAAAGAGGUUUUGUCGGGAUGGAGGGGAGGUGAUGAAUGUGUGAUCUGCAAUGGAGUUUUGUACUGUUUGAUUCAUUCUACUGGCGUUCUUGGAAAUGCUGACCUCCGACAUAGCCUGAUCAUGUAUGAUCUCUCAGCCAGAUCAUCUCAUGCUUCUUUGAUGUGUAUGCCAAUACCCGUGCCCUGUUCUCUCACCUGUGGUCGGCUGAUCAACCUCAAAGAAAGGCUAGUGAUGGUUGGUGGAAUUGCAAAAUAUGACAGACCCGACAUCAUCAAAGGGAUUGGAAUUUGGGAACUUAAUAAAAGAGAGUGGCAGGAGGUUGCUCGCAUGCCUCACAGGUUCUUUCAAGGGUUUGGUGAGUUGGACGAUGUCUUUGCAAGCAGCGGCAUAGAAGACCUGAUUUACAUACAGAGCUAUGGAGCUACUGCUCUGCUUGUUUUUGACAUGAGCCAGAAACAGUGGAAAUGGUCUGUUAAGUGUCCUGUGACUAAAAGAUUUCCUCUGCAGCUUUUUACUGGUUUCUGCUUUGAACCUAGGCUUGAAGCCGUCUCCUGAUGUCUUCUGUUCUCUUGAUAUGGAGCCAACAAAGUUACAGAGUGCUGAAGUCUAUGUCAUUUCCUGAAGUUUUUUGAAGCUUGUGUGGGAUAUGAGGUGCUGGUUUCUCGGUAUAGAAGAAUCAUUCAUCAAGUGCUAUAUGAUGCUCUCUCUCUCUCUCUCUCUCUCCCCUUCUGUUCAUUUUCUUGAUCACAUAUUUUGGCACAAGCGACAUAUGUAAUGACAAAUGUUCAAAAUGACAGUCCUGAAAAAAGAUCUUCUGCCUUUGAUGUAUUUAGCUACUUCAUCUUGUUCUUUCUUUUGGCUUUU